AGAGACGGGCUGCUACGCCACAGCCCAGCGGCGGCCAUUCGUGGAAAAAUAGGCCGACCUGCUCCUCCCAGCUCCGGCAGCGACCGGCCUUCUCCCCGCCGCUACCCCAGCACCCCGCCCUCCGUCCCUCCCCUCCUCCUCGAGCCGCGCCUCAGCGGGCGUUAACGCGGGAUGAGCGAUCAAAAGAAGGAGGAAGCUAUGCCCUCAGAGGGGGAGAAUUCACCUGAGGCAGAAAACAGCAACAACAAUAAAAAAAGCAAAACUGGAGCCUCUCAGGAUUCUCAACCUUCCCCCCUGGCUCUGUUGGCAGCAACUUGCAGCAAAAUAGGGACGCCGGGUGAGAAUCAAGCAACUGGACAGCAGAUUAUAAUAGAUCCAAGUCAAGGUUUGGUGCAGCUUCAGAAUCAGCCACAGCAAUUAGAAUUAGUGACAACUCAGCUUGCUGGAAAUGCUUGGCAGCUUGUUGCUGCUGCUCCUCCUGCUUCAAAAGAAAACAGUGUCCAACAAGCAUCUUCUGUCACUUCUAGUGCAGCAAGUCCCUCUAGCAGCAACAAUGGAAAUGCAUCUCCUUCAAAAACAAAACCAGGCAGCUCCUCUGGAGCAACUCCAGGACAGUUUCAAGUCAUACAAGUCCAGAAUCCAGGUGGUAGUGUUCAGUAUCAAGUGAUCCCACAGAUUCAGACAACAGAAGGUCAACAAAUUCAAAUCAGUCCCGCUAAUGCUACAGCUCUGCAAGAUUUACAGGGCCAAAUUCAGCUCAUCCCUGCAGGGAAUAAUCAAGCUAUCAUUACAACUACAAAUAGGACAGCUUCUGGGAAUAUUAUAGCUCAAAACUUGGCAAAUCAAACAGUACCAGUCCAGAUUAGGCCUGGUGUUUCCAUUCCACUGCAACUGCCUAUUGCUGGUACUCAGGCACAAGUUGUAACAUCAUUGCCCAUAAACAUUGGGGGAGUAACUCUAGCAUUACCUGUAAUAAAUGUUGCAGCUAGCAGUGGUUCUGGACAGGUUACCCAACCCACUGAUAGUGGUGUUUCCAAUGGAAAUCAGCUACUAUCCACACCUGUCACAACAGCUUCUGUUAGUAGUAUGCCAGAUUCUCCUUCUUCUACUUGCACGACUACUGCCUCUACAUCUCUAACAAGCAGCGAAACUUUAGUAAGCACUGCAGAAACAGGCCAGUAUGCAAGCACAGCAAACAGUUGUGAGUCUGCUACUGAAGAUCCUCCAACAACUGCUUCAGAAACAGAGGCUCAGAACUCUAGUCAGCUUCAAUCAAAUGGAUUGCAAAAUGUGCAGGAUCAGUCAAACUCUCUGCAACAGGUGCAAAUAGUAGGUCAGCCUAUUUUACAGCAGAUACAGAUCCAACAGCCACAACAGCAGAUCAUUCAAGCUAUUUCUCCACAGUCUUUUCAGCUUCAGUCAGGACAAACUAUUCAGACCAUUCAACAACAGCCUUUGCAAAAUGUUCAACUACAAGCAAUGAGUCCAACUCAAGUGCUCAUAAGAGCACCAACUUUAACCCCAUCAGGGCAGAUCAGUUGGCAGACAGUACAGGUCCAGAAUCUUCAAAGUCUUUCAAAUCUUCAAGUUCAAAAUGCUGGGUUACCCCAGCAAUUAACCAUUACUCCUGUAUCUUCAAGUGGUGGUACUAUAGCUCAAAUAGGACCAGUUGCUGUUGCUGGUACACCAAUAACACUAAAUGCUGCCCAGCUUGCUUCAGUGCCUAAUCUUCAGACAGUAAGCGUUGCCAAUUUGGGUGCUGCAGGUGUCCAAGUGCAAGGAGUUCCAGUUACCAUUACUAGUGUUGCAGGUCAGCAACAAGGACAGGAUGGAGGAGUCAAAGUACAGCAAGCCACAAUAGCUCCUGUAACUGUAGCAGUAGGAGGCAUUGCUAAUGCAGCAAUUGGUGCUGUUAGUCCUGAUCAGAUAACUCAGGUGCAGUUGCAUCAAGCACAGCAAGCUUCUGAUCAAGAAGUGCAGCCUGGCAAAAGGUUAAGAAGAGUUGCUUGUUCGUGCCCUAAUUGCAGAGAAGGAGAAGGAAGAGGCAGUAAUGAACCAGGAAAAAAGAAACAACAUAUCUGUCAUAUUGAAGGCUGUGGAAAAGUAUAUGGGAAAACAUCUCAUCUCCGGGCACACCUUCGCUGGCAUACUGGAGAAAGACCGUUUAUUUGCAAUUGGAUCUUCUGUGGAAAAAGAUUUACAAGAAGUGAUGAGCUACAGAGACAUAGACGAACUCACACAGGUGAGAAAAGAUUUGAAUGCCCAGAGUGUUCUAAAAGAUUUAUGCGAAGUGAUCAUCUCUCCAAGCAUGUCAAAACCCAUCAAAAUAAGAAGGGUGGAGGAACAGCCCUUGCUAUCGUUACCUCAGGUGAAUUGGACUCUUCAGUUACUGAGGUUCUUGGAUCUCCAAGGAUUGUCACAGUUGCAGCAAUUUCUCAAGAUUCAAACCCAGCAACUCCUAAUGUUUCAACAAACAUGGAGGAAUUUUGAAAGACCUUUGUACAAAUGCCUAGAGCUGCACUUAAGUUUACAACCUUUCAAGAUAUGGAAGUGGGCUUGUAAAUGUAUAACAGAGCAGGAAAUCAUGUA